CUUUGAAGAGUCAUGUUUGAGCUCAGAACAUAUUGUGCUGAUAAAACAUGGGUUGGAAUAUGGAUCGGCUGUACAGGCAGGCAGAGUCUGUUGGCUCAUAUACUAUGGAAACUGUUUCCUGGUUUUUCUACUCCAUCUAUGAAAGAUACGGCAUCUUGGCCCCGCCAGGAAAGCCAGAAACUUCAUGGAAGUGCAGUGUCACAGGGGACAGGAAAGGAAGCCACUCUUGCCUGUCAGCCAGCCCCAUGGUGGAAGAAGAAUGUGGACACAGUCCCCAGAAGAAUCCCACAAGGCAGUUGCCCCUGGACUGCGUACAAGGGCCGACAGAAGGUCUGAAGGAGAAAGAGCUCACCACGAAGAGAUUGCAGCUCCUUCUGGUGGGGAAAACAGGAAGCGGGAAAAGUGCAACCGGAAAUAGCAUCCUUGGCAGGCAAGUAUUUGAGUCCAAAAUCAGCGCUACACCAGUAACCAGGAUCUUCCAGAAAGGGAGCAGAGACUGGAAUGGAAAGGUGUUUGAGGUGAUCGACACCCCAGACAUUUUGUCACAUCAGCACCUGCCUGAGGUAGCAGCUGAGAAGAUCUGUGGAGUCUUGGACUCUCCAGGGCCCCAUGCAGUGCUCCUGGUGAUACAGGUGGGCCAGUACACAGCAAAGGACCAGGAAGCUGCCAGGCGCCUCCAGGAGAUCUUUGGAGAAGGGAUCCUGGCUUACACCGUCCUGGUGUUCACUCGGGAGGAGGACCUAGACGGGGGAUCCUUGGAAGAAUAUAUCCAAAACAACAACAACAAGAGCCUGGAUGAUCUGGAUGUCGCAUGUGAGAGGCGACAUUGCGGCUUCAACAAUAGGGCCCAAGGGACUAAGCAGAAGGCCCAGCUGCAGGACCUCAUGGAGAAAAUCGAAUUGAUCCUGUGGGAGAACGAGGGCCGCUGUUACACCACAGAACUUCCAAAUGUUCCCAGCAAAACAGUUUAGCUGCAGAGCAGGCUUCUGAGGAGGAUCCCUCGAGGAGUCCUGGCUGGAAAGGCUGUCGCAGAUCCAGAUGGCCUCCGAGAAGACCUGUAGGUAUCUGAUAGGGAGGGCAUCCAUGUGGGCCGACCAUAAGCAGGGGUAUCUUAGUUAGUGUUCUAUUGCUGUAAAGAGACACCAUGACCAUGGCAACUCCUAUAAAAGGAAGCAUUUAAUUAGGACUUGCUUACAGUUUCAGAGGUUUAGUCCAUUUUCAUCAUGGCAGGAAGCGUGGUAUGCAGGCAGACAUGGUGCUGGAGAAUUAGCUGAGAGCUCUACAUCCAGAUCCUUAGGCAGCAGGAAGAGGGAGACUCUCUCCCAUGCUCACUCCUUCGGGGCUGACUCACCCACACCUCAGCCAACAGGGUUGUCUCUAUUGUGUUGCUCUGGCGAGAUGCAGGGCCUGCCCUCCUGAGUAUUAUAGCUGGAGGGGCACAGAGGCAGCUCUCUCACUCUUGUUACCUCAGGGACAGCUCUCCCACCUGCCUUAGGUGCUGAUGGGUGGAGGGGGGGAAGGGCAUCUCUCCCCAGCCCAUGCCACCAUAUGGCAGAUGAAGGGUGGGGCCAGGUCUCUCACAGGUUCUCAGGGUUGGCUCAUCUGUGCCCUUGUAACAGGAUCAGCUCUGCUGUGCUGUCCAGAUGACGUGCAGGGCUGGUAAGGGGGUCAGCUCCCUCACCAGCUGGAGGUAGGAGGGGGUAGGUGGAGGACGUCUUUCCCUCAUCCCCACCACCUCACCACAGAUGAAGGAGGCAGUACCAGCUAUGUCCCUCUCACGCUCUCAGGGCUGCUGUUCCGUGCCGUCUACAGGGUCAGCUCUACUGUGCUGCCCAGGUGAGGUGCAUGGCCUGUUCUCUUGAGUGCCAACUGGUGAGGAGUCCAGUCAGGUCCCUCACCUGCUGCAGGUGGUGAGGGGUGAAGGGAGGAGGGCAUCUUUUCCUCACCCAUACCACCACAUGGGAUGUGAGAAGGGCGUGACCUGCCCUCCCAUUACCAUGCCCUCAGGGCCAUCUCACCCAUGGCCCUGCACAUGGGGUCAGCUUUAUUGUGCUGACCAGGUGAGGUGUAGGACCCUCUCUCCUGAGUGCUUGAGCCGGAGAGUGGAAGGACCAGUUCUCCCUAGAGUUGUGCCCGUGGGGUCAGGGCCAACUCUGUACAGCCCUGUCCUCUCAGCUUUUGGUGGUAUAAGGGGCCAGGGACAUCAACAGAGACCACCGCUGUGUCAAGCCAGGAACCCAGAUGUGGGUCUCAGCAGCAGCCCAGGCCCAGACAUCACCUUGGCCAUCAAGCCCCUCACCUCAGCCCACUCGCUUCCUCUCUCACCUCUUCAGACAUGCCUCUGUCCACAGGACAUGAACCAUUCUCUCUCUCUCUCUCUCUCUCUCUCUCUCUCUCUCUCUCUCUCUCUCUCUCUCACCACACCAUAUCUCUGCUCACUCUAAUAGUGCCCCUCUGGCUAGUGCUGCAAAGUGCUAGGUGUGCCUGUGUUUUCUCCUUGGAGACUGGGGUGGAGAGCACCAAGCCUGUACAUGGGUCUCCUUUUCCUGCUCACUUAGCCAUGAUGCUGGGCUGGGCCAUGCUUCCUCAUCACAAAGAGAUCCUAACAUGCCCAGCCGCCCUGUGGGUGCAGAGGCUCUACUGAAGUCCUAUGGCAGGUUGGGUCUAGAAGGUGCUUGGCUGAGUUCCACCUGCCCCGGCCACAUACCGAGGGGUCGGAGGCAUUGGGGGAGUCCCUCGGUGGGCCCUAAAAUGAAUAUUUUUUAAAAAAGAAGAUAAGGGCAUUGUUUACUUUGUUGCUCUAAUAAAAUACAAUGAGCAAAAGCUA